CGCAGCCGCUCGCGCGCUCUCACUGCAGACACGUCCUCUGUUGGUUGGUUACUUGUUUGCGGAUAAUUUCUCAGCUCGGUUUAUUUACCAAAAGAUGUCGGAAAACGGCUCCGGAGCCACAGGGGACUGUACAGACGCCCGCCGAGACGACGGACAGCAGUCGUCGGGGUCUCUGUCCGCCUCUCUCCCCAUGGACGUGGAUGCCAAGCCCCACUCCCACAGCUUCAGAUAUAGCCUGGAUUUCCCCAGCAUCGGCCAGUGCAUCAUCGUCAACAACAAGAACUUUGACAGGACAACUGGCAUGAAUCAGCGAAAUGGUACUGACGUAGAUGCAGCCAACGCAAUGAAAGUCUUUGCCAAGUUGGGUUACAAAGUGAAGGUUUACAACGACCAGACAGUGGAGCAGAUGAAACAGGUUUUAACUGCCAUGUCAAAGGAAGAUCACAGAUCCUCAGCCUCAUUCGUCUGUGUUCUGUUGAGUCAUGGAGACGAGGGUGUGUUCUUCGGCACAGAUGGCUCAGUCGAGCUCAAGUACCUGACGUCACUUUUUCGAGGUGAUCGCUGCACGUCACUAGUGGGAAAGCCCAAACUCUUCUUCAUCCAGGCCUGCAGAGGUACUGAUCUGGAUGCAGGCAUUGAAACGGACAGUGGAGAAGAUACAACCAAGAUCCCUGUGGAAGCAGACUUCCUCUACGCCUUCUCCACAGCACCAGGCUACUACUCAUGGAGGAACACUAUGACUGGCUCCUGGUUCAUCCAGUCACUCUGCGAUAUGGUCAGCAAAUAUGGAAAAGAGUUGGAGCUCCAGCACAUCAUGACACGAGUUAACCACAAGGUGGCGGUAGAGUUUGAGUCUAUCUCCAAUUCACCAGGCUUUAAUGCAAAGAAACAAAUCCCCUGCAUUGUGUCAAUGCUGACCAAAGAGAUGUAUUUUACUCCUUGAUGUCGUGUCCACAUCACGAGUCUUCAACCUGGCGGGCCUUUUAUCUGCAGAAGAAAGGCCUGCAGGUGUGUAUGGGAGGGUGAGAAUGGUUUUAGUUUACACUUUCUAAGUGAAGUUCACUUGAAACUUGUAUAUUUCUGGGAGAGUAGAUGUGAUGCAGUCACAUUUCACAAGCUUGGCAUUAUAAGGUUCUUUCAGUGUGACGUGUAGUUUUGAUAUGUAUGGAAUUCAUUUUUUUACCCCAGCAGCAUGUCCUUAUUUUUUUACAGUUAACAAAAACCUACAGGUAAUAAUGGUAACUCCAAGCUGGCAGCGUGCUGCCAGGUGCCUCUUUGCUGUUUACACUCUACACAUUUCAGGGAAACAUGUUAGGAGCCAGUUUAAUAGGAAGUUUGACCUUCUGUAUUUGUGUAAUCAUGAAACCACAGAUGGGCUUUCUGCCCUCUAGCAACAACAUUUUUAUGGAUCAGCAGUUUAUUGUAACUCAAGUGUCUGAGCAACAUGAUAGUGUGUUAUGAAGGGAUCACGUCUGUAAUUUUUCUUGGCUUUCCGUUCUUAUCUCUCCGCUACCGUGUCAGUGUAGUGGCGUCUGACUUGAAGGUUGUACAACCAAAACAUAACAGUAAUUUACUGAAUUGGUACCCAAUGACUCGUGUGAAGUCGACAUGAAAGCAGCAGCUGAACUUGGGAGGUAAAUUAAUGUGUGGAAAGUUCAGGAGCACCCUGGAAGCUGCUGUGUGAUUUGUAGGUUAUGAAGCUCAGAAGUAGAUAUUUUUUCAGUCUUUUUUUUUUUUUUUUUUUGAACAUGGAUUUCUUUGAAUGAACUGUUGCUUGUGAAUAUCCUCAAAAAUUAGUGGGAACACAGAUUUUAUGGCAUGCAUGAGUAAUAGUGCUGUUUGAGGUGCAUUUUGAUCAGCUGUUCACACUUGAACUCAACUUUACAUUUAAUUUUUAACAGUUGUUCCCAACCAGUACACUAAAGCUGAAAUGAAUAAGUUGAUAAAUCAAUGACACAAUUAACAGAAAAUUAAUUGGCAACAGUUUUAAAGUAAUCUUAAGUAAAAAAAAAAAAAAAAGAGGGAGAGAGAACGAGAGUAAUCACUUGUACCAGCAUUUUGAAUGUGAAUUUUUGCUUUGUGAUCGUACAUUUUUUACUGUUGGCCAGACAAAACUAGAAAUUUGAAUAUCUUCACUUUGGCCUCAGGGAUUAUUGAUGUGCCUUUUUUACUAAACAAUUGGCCGUUUAAAAAAAAAAAAAAAAAAAGCCAUAUUGAGACGCAUUGGUGAUUUAAAAGAAAAGUCUGUGGUUGCAGACUUACAGUACUCUGAUGAAGGAAUGCCUGAGGUUUUCUGUGUUUUAAUCAUGUAGCACAGAAAAAAAAACACAACAGCAACAAACAGAAACUAAAGCAAUCAAUUCACACAGUCCCUCUACACAAGAUGGGAAUGAAAGACUGAUCAUAGGUGAUUUUGUACUUCAGUGGUGUAAGUUUCUCACAUUCAUAAUUAAUCAAAUGUGUAAACCUAUAAUCCAGUGAAUUGUUGUAGAAUUGUUGAUUCAAAGUGGUAUAUGUACAACAGACAAAGCACAACUUAUUUGAACGUGUGCUGAUCCCGCUGGUGCUCAUUUGAUCGCUUUCAAUGUUUACAGCAAACAAAGCUGUAUCUGUCACUUGUGCUGUUAAAAUAUUUCAUUCACUGUUAAAAAUGUGACAAUCCAGUUUAAAGUCACAUUAUGCAACAUGUUGCUAUGAACAUCACUCCUCUGCUUUUUUUGUAGCAUCACUGUUUUGUAAGCAGCUAUACUGUGAGGUUGGUGUAAUGUUAUCCCUUAAAAUAAAGACCACUUUUCAUCCUG